UCUCGUUUCAAUACGAUCGCUUACUUUUCGACGCGUCGUACACGCUUCUACGGAGUUUCGUGACCGUACGUACUCGUUGGAUAUCUAGGACGUACAUAUCACGCAAGGAUACACGCGUGUAUGUAUGCGUGUACACGUAUACCGGAGGACGUGGCGUCCUAGAGAGGAUCUGCACGGGCGAUCUGAAGAUCGUUUGGAUCGCAACGAGGAUCAUCGGGAUUGUUGGGAGAAGUCGAUGGAGAGGAGACUCGGCUUUGGAUGAGACCAGCUUGCGGAGGAAUUGGGGUUGAGGAAAGGGGCCGCGAGACAGGAAUUAAAGGGAGAAUCGAUCGGUUUCCAAGGGAUCUGCGAGCACGCGAAUUUCCAGCGAGGCGACAUGGCCCACGAGUACAGGGAUUAUCGCGACGACUCGUAAUCGCCAGUUCUACUUUUUCCUGUUAAUAACUGGCUGAAUCUUGUGGCGGAAUAAAGUCGCCGAGGUUGGUGAUUAAAACCGAAAGAUGAGAAAUUUGAACACCUAAAAAGCUGGGCCACGGCUUUUCGGAUUAAUCGAUCGCGAGCUAUGACGUUGUGUCGUGUGCAUUUGUGACGUGUUUUGGAUUUUCGAGGAAUUCUGCAGCCACGUCGCCGGGAUCUACGCAGGUGAGCUUGUACAACAAACAGUGUUUCAUGUUCCUGAAAUCGUCGAUAGAUCGUUGGUGCGCGGUGUUGCGAUCGAAUCGGGAUCGCCAGUGAUCGUGAAGUUUAAAAGCUGCUGGCCGAGCGUGUGGCUGGUAGGGCGAGAAGCCCGAUCGACCAAGGAUCGUUCGAACGAGGGUGUCCCUUUCACCGGAACAACGGUGCUGAUCCUCGGCAUGAAGGGGAGUGUUCUAUGUUCCUGCGUAUUUUCCUGAUCAAAGUAGAACCUGCGAGUAAACCCGGACUUUCGAGUUGCGUCUCGAAGCGUAUCGAUAUCGUCGCCUCGCGGCCAGCAAACAAGCACAGGAAAGUGUCCUCUCGACCAGAGGAGAGUGCAAGUACUCGGCAUGAAGGACACGCACUGGCCGGUGUUCGUCUGCGUUCUAAUGGCGACGACGGUGCUUUCCUGUCGGCAAAGCGAGUUCCAAUGCAACAACGGGCGCUGCGUCGCCCUCAACAAGGUGUGCAACGUCGUCGACGACUGCGGCGACGGCAGUGACGAACCACGACAAUGUUCUCCCUGCAAUAAAACAUACUACGGGGACGUGGGUAAAACUUACGACCUGGAGCUCCAUCGACCGAAGGAGGACAAGGUGCCUUACAUUUGCAAGCUCACCUUCAGUGCACCGGGCGGCGAUCUGGGAGACAUCAUACAGUUGACGUUCGACAGCUUCACCCUGGGGAAAUUCGUGUCGUUCACGGCGGAGGGCUGCCCGGACGGAUCGCUGCAGAUUUCGGAGGCCCAACGGCCGGACGUUGGUGGCCUCUGGUGCGGAACGUCCUGGGGUCCCGCGAUUUACUACAGCGAAACCCAGACCGUCUCCAUCACGCUGAAGCUGCUCAGGCUCAGUAAGGAUCAGACAGGAUUCAAUUUCGACUUCAGGAUGGUGUACAAGAUGAUCAGGAAGUCGGACGCCGUGGCACGCUACGGAAAUCCAUUCGUCGGUAUAACGCAGCCGACAGGAACACCAUCUUCGACGGAACUGACUUUGUCGACGUCCUCGAGCGACUACGCGAACAGCUCGAUGGCGAUGCCGGUGCAGAUGGUCGAACAGCCGUCGACCACGACGAAACCAAGCAGCGAGCAGUACCUCGGGGAUCUGAUAUCCGGAACCUACUGUUCCCGCAUAUUCAGCGACUGCGACCGGAAGAAGUGCAGACUGCAGUCUCCCAACUUUCCCGGAUUGUACCCGCGCAAUCUCACCUGCUACUACGCGGUGAGGCAGCACGACGUACCAGCAGGGAAACACGCCUUAAUCUCCGUGAAACAGCCCCGGGGCCAAUUGGUGGCCAUAAGAGCGAGGCCAGCCACCCAAGCGGAAUCAUCGCCUCGCGAGCUUCGCCUGUGGAAGGACUGCGAUGUGGUUCAGGACUACGUGACCGUGUAUGAUGGCUACACGACCCGGGACCCGGUGAUCCUCAAGUUCUGCGGAGGUGGUGAGCCGGUGCCGGAAGCCACUAGCAGCGGAACCGAGAUCCUGGUCGAGUUCACCACGUCUCCUUACGGCACGUUCCUGCAUCCGACGCCGCCGCAUUCGCUCCACGGCUUUCAAUUAGAAGUGCAAGUGAAGUUCGUGGACGCCGACUCGCCGACGUACGCGAAGAACAAGCAUUGCGAGUUUUGGCUGCAGGGCAGCGGAGGUGGUGUGCUCGCAUCUCCACGGCAUUCCUUGCCACGGAACAGCACGUGCCUGUAUCAUCUUCGCGGCGCUGGACCGGCGCUUCCAAGUCCAACGCCACCGCGUCCUUUGCCCAAGUUUCCGGAGCAGAGGCCGGGAACCGUGUGGAGGAGACCGGCACCGCGACCACCGCAGCCACAGUUCCGCGUCUGGCUGUCCAUCCUCAAGUUCCACGUAGGCACCAGCUUGUCGAGCAGCGACGAGGACUGCUCCACCACCCUUAUGGUGUGGGACGGCGAGAUGAUGCCACUCUCCGAGUGCUACGAUCUUGCCUGCGAGAAAGAACACCAACGUCACGGAGACAGAUCCGCCGAGCCAUCGCACCCUCAGGCAGCCCGCCCCGCUGGAAACACCACCCUGUUGGCGCGUUAUUGCAAGGACAAGGUGCCGCGAACCUGCGACCACGCCAUCCUACAGAACACCAGUCGGCCUUGUUCCCUUGGCGAGAGCUUCGUAUCCAGCGGAAGCAGUUUGACCAUCGAGAUGCGGAUGGUCGAGUCGACGGCUCUCAGGCCAGUGAAUUUUCGCGCGCUCUACGAAUUCGUGGAUCUACACCAGGACGGCGAUCCUUACGGGAGUGGGCCGUGUUCGAGGAUCUUCUACAGCCGCAAUCGGGAUCAUUAUCCCGAUCGUAGAUUCCAGGCGCCACGCGACAUUUUCCUUUAUGGCCGUGGCGGCACGAAAAAUAUGAGCUGCGUGUACAGAUUCGAGGGCGAGCACGAUGAGAUCGUGAAGCUGCGGUUCAACAAGCUGUUGAACGGAAACCGGACGUGCCGCAGCGUCUCCAGCCCGGACUUUAAUCGGCUGCUCUGCGUCGGAUCGGACAACUUCUCCGUAAAGGUGCUCGAUCUUCCAUGGCCCAACGCUCCGCCUGUACAACGGGAUUGCCUCUGCUCCAAUCGAUCCCUACCGAUGAACGUCAAGUCCACCUCGAAUAUAGUCGAGGUACACUUCACCGUCAGGUCUAUGGACGCGUUGGAUGACUACAAUAAUUUGUUCUUCGAGGGAACCUGGGACUUUAUCAAGACCAGCCCUUGCAUGCAGAAGCGAAGAGUGAGGGGACCAUCCGGAGAGAUCAAAUAUAAGGUGCCGGUUAUAGACGAGGAUGAGAAAAACUGCGAGAAGCAUCCAUGGCUGAUCGACCCAGGACCGAACCAAUAUCUCUACGUGAAAAUGCACGGCACGAUAAUGUCGAAUACGAGCAAAUGCGCGACGAAGAACCGGAUCGUUGUGCACACCGGUGGCGCUAUCCACGUGUCGGUGUGCCCGAAACCACCUGCGGAGUCAAGUCACCACGUGGUCGAGGUUUUCAGUGACGGCUGGGCCGUCAGCAGCAACGCGAUGAUCCUAGCACCGGGCCAAGACCCCGUCAGGACUAUAGCCGUCGAAUUUAUCGUCAAGGAACCGGAAACCUACACGGUCACCUGGCUCGAGCUCACUAGAAGACCAUCGGUGACGUCGAGCGCAGGGCUGCAGAUGCCACGCGACUGCGAGCAGCGGUGCCCCGAGCUGGACGCGUGUAUAAACGCGUCGCUGUGGUGCGACGGGAUCUCCCAUUGUCCAUCGGGCUACGACGAGGCUCUGACACACUGCUCGGUCCUCCUGCAGCUGCCGCCUCUGCACCUGGCCAUCAGCAUCCUCGCGAUCGUCACGAUCAUUGGCGUGAUCUGCUUCGUGAUCUGGCGAAUCUGCAGGCAACGGGCGAACCGAUCGAUAUCGCAGCACCGGCUGAAGAGCAUCUCCUCGGAGACGGCGAUCAUCGACGGGAAGGAAGUGAUUUGCUGACACAGCGACAGUUCUGUGCGAUACGUCGAGGUCGACCGGGUGACCACCGUGUGACGAUCGCCCACGGUCGUCCCAUUCGUCGCUCGUCGUGGCGUCGUCGCGUCCCAUUUCGCGUCCUCUUGAAGGAGACGCCCGUUCCGGCGCCACGACGACGCCCGCCUCCGCGUAACGCGCAGAACUGCUCUGCUACCGGUAUACUUCACAGGAGACCUAGACUCUGCUCCAAAAGGACGGUUCGCUGCUCGAUGACCUGCACCGGCUUGCGCUUUCUUUCUCGUACACGGAUAGGUCCACGGUGUUUGCGCGCUUCUUUUGGCGUCUUUGGUUGAGCGAGAAUCGGCUCGGCUCCUGAGCAUUUCAAAAGCAGCUUCGACGACAGACGCGCGGACUCCGGGAUAGAUGCUUGUAGAUGUUUCAGGAGGAUGGACCGGAGCUGUUGAUAUUUGCCAUAUCCGUUUCUGUACUUUCUGACACUUUAAGGCUUCCUUUGGCUUUGACUUCUGAUAUUUUAGGGCGUUCUUGGAUUUUUCUUUAUCGAGAACAAAAUCAUGAGACCAGGAGAAUGGCGUCUUUGUCUUCUUCGUGAUCCAGAUUAACCGGAAUAAGUUGCCGAGCACCUCGCGUGUCUUGGUUCCUUCUCGCCUUCGUGUCUUCGAUCGCCUUCGUUCGCUAUUUUUCAUCGAUUGAUUCGAAGAGUAUCGCAUACGUUGAUCGAGAACUUGAACAGCUCCGGUCCAUUCCUCCGAGUUGGUUAUUAUUUGCGCCGAGAGCACAGGGCGACGUAUUUCCGAGGAUUUCUCGGUUAGAAAGUCAUCGAAACUCGAGGAAUCGAGUUGCUUGAACGAGGACAAUAAGUAAUGAGAUCCUAGUGAUAUCGUUUCGCUGGUAGCGUAGCUAACUUUUUGUCUCCGACGACCAGAUGAUAUCGACCCAUCGGUAGAUCGAACGAUGGCCGAUCGAUCGAUACCUGAUUCGUACGUAUUGGCAUGGUAGAGGAGCCUGAAAUUCUGUUGGACUUCGCGCUCGAUUAAACGCCGACCCAACGAAGAGAAGAAGAAGAUGUCGGUCCGUGGCAUCGAGUAGGGAACCAACAAGAAAUACUCGCACUAUGGUCGUUCGAUCGUCCGUCGAGGUGAUGUCUCGAUGAGGACGGAAGACGCGGUUUUAAGCACGAGCCAAUGGCUCCUCUCUCUCCUCCGCUCUCAUGCUCCCUUUUGGUAAGCGCGCGAGAUCCUCUGUAAAACGCUCGGUCGAAGUCGCGCGUGUUCGGAUCAACUACCGCUGCUUUCAUCGUGAUUCGCGUAAAUCGAUGGUAACCAUGAAAUUUUCGUCUCUGAUCCUUUUUUUCUUUUCUUCUUCUUCUUUUUUCAUCGAAUCGAUAGAGACUCUGUCCUUGAGAAGAGAGCGAAACGUUGUCAUCUCGUUGUCAAACGUUGACAAUGAGAGCAGAAAAAUUGAAUAAUCUCGCUCUCGCCUCGUCCUUUCACUCGCGAAUUACUUUGGAAAAGAGUUUUUCGAAUUCUAUACGCGAGUUUAGCGCUUCUAUUCGAGCAAUUCGUAAAACAGUGGCCAGAAACUAUCGUCUUUGAAAUUUCGUUAUCGGGAAAAAGAAGCGUUUACGCGAGAGAGGUCUACGAAGAUGAUUCGACUUAGGAUGAUGGACGUUGAUCACGAUGGAACAGUAUGGAUAGUAAGCCUAUCCGGGAACUAUAGAUACUGACCAAAUGUUUCGAGUGAUUACCGUUUAGACGACUUAAUGAUACUGUCACACUAGCGAUAAGACGACUUCGGGAAGAACGAGUACGAAGAAAAUGACGUAGAAGUAUGGUAGCCUGAAAUUAUGUGAUAUAUAUAAUGCUGUUUUUCACGGAGCUGUGCUCCGUUUAAUAAUGAUUGUUACACCCUGGCCAAAGGGGUCGUCGGCGACGAGAAUCGAUGUAAGCGCCAGAAGGAAAGCGUCGAAUUCUUUUUCGCCUCGUAGAAUUGGCGCCGCGACGACACCCGACGCCAUAACUUGUACACCAUGUUCAUACUUGUACAUAACUGAUUAUUUAUCUAUUUGUAUCGGGUAACACGACACGUUCGUGCACGCGUGUCCGUUCGCAGCUUUCGCGCUUUUCGCAUUUCAAAUUUCGAAUUACAUCACCGGCGGCGCGUGAAGGAAGACGCGACUUUGAUGGAAAGUAUACUUGAACUUGGAAAUUCUGCCCACUUAUUCGCAAUUUCAAUUGCUAUAAAUCUAAUGGUAUAAUAAUAGAUGAAGAGAUUUCAACGAUCGUUUCGAGCUCGAAAGUUGUACCGUCGAAUUUCAUUUUAAUAAUCGAGCAACGCGAUAAUUUUCUUCUGCUCUUCUGUUCUUUCGUAAUGGAUCGCUGCGAACGGAGACCCGUUCGAAACCGCUUUACUACUAGCCGAUAAGCGUAGAGCUCGCGAAGCGCAGAAGCAAAAACGAAGGAACAAAGCCGACGAAAGAUACGAGGCAAAGCGAAGGGAACCAGAGGCAAACCGAAAACGAUCCAAGAAAAAAACUAACGACCGGUCAGCUAACUGAAAGCACCGCCAUCGUUUCCCGCUGUGUUCAGCGUGCACGUCAACCACAUCGCUCGGUGAAGGAAAAUCGACGGGACGUCUACGCUACGAAAGCCACGAUCGACGACCGUUCGGUAACCGGCCCUCCAUUAUACGUUCAUGAAAAGACAAUCGUUAACGUAUUCCGCGUGGAAUCGCAUCUUUUUCACUCGAUUUAUUAAUUCUAUAUGCUUUGAACGAGCCACCGACGAGCCACAUCGGCGGCGUUCAUCGGCUCAUCCGACACCCCCUCCACGCGAAUAAUUCUCGGCAAACGAACAAAAUCAAAAUAAAGUUCGACGAAAUCGCGCGAUUCGUUCGAUAUUUCGGCCGUACAGUUCUUUAGGUCUAAGUCGUUCGAAAGAUUUUAUAGUAAUUUUGAAGAAUUCCUCCGCGUACGGGGCGGCAACGUCGGCCGACGCGUCCACGUCGACGCGACGAUGCAAAGAAAAGAGGGAACGGAGGAAAUUUCUCGUCGAGUUGUCACCGGAUUUCGUCCUUACGAGAAGACUUGUCCACUGGGACGAUGAAAAAAGUAUAUAGGAAAACGCACGCAUGCUUUAUUUCAUACCGAAGUUGAUUAUAGUUCAUUCGCCGCGUUAUCUCACGUUCCACUCGAUACGAAUCGACGAAGCGGCGCUUGUACGCGCCAACAACCGUCGAUCUCGCUCGAGAACGAACUCGUGCAACGAACCAUUCUUGUCAUUCUGCGAUUAUUUUCUCGCCCGUGCCGCCCUCGAUUUAUCGAUGUAUCAUUCGCGUUUCUUGCGUUGCGGGGACCAAUAAAUUCGUACGACCGCCGGAGUUGGCCGUGCCAAAAUGGGGAAGGAAGAGUUUCCGCGGUUUCUUUAGUCUCGAUUGUUCAGUUUGCUCGCGUGAUUCCGGUUCGCCGCGAUACACCCCCAGAGAAUCGAAGACUGACGCUUUAGUUUCGUGUUCUAUCGUUGCUCUUACGACGAAAGUGUUACGUGAUAUCCGUUCACUGCCAUUUCGUUUCAUUUAUCUGUACGCGAUUCAAGCAUUUUUCGAGAGAUUCGGUCGACCAGCGAACAACGGACACCGAUCGCACACAUUAGAAGAGUAAAAAUUAUCGAACGAAAACAAAAAAAGGAACGUUUCGCACGUUUAGAAAACAGACGCUAAUCUUUCCCGCGAAAAGGCUGCCAAAGAAGAGAUAAUCAUCUUUAAAAUUUCAAUCAUUUACGACGAAUCGGUUGCUCGUAUCGAACGUUUAACGAAAUAGCAAUAAUCUGUCCGAGAAAACGAAGGAGAAAAGGCACAAGAAAAGAGAGAUUCGCGAUAAAACAAAGUCGGUAUACAAAAUACAUAUAACGAAACCGAGAAGAUUCUGCAGCUGAAGAAAAGGAAAAAAGGACAAGGUCGAAAAGUCCUCUGAACCAUACGCAAGAGGAUUCCGCACGGAAUGGCGAAGCUUGUUUGAUUUAUUACCAGACGAUCGUUCACGGCCGAGUUCUCGUUUUGGUUGCCACCUACGCCCCGGUCUUAAGCUUCCGGAGAAUCGGUCGGAUAAAAGGAAAUAAAAGAGUCGCGUGCUCGCGGACAAUAGGUUCGAAGAGAUUAAAAAUGAAGAAAAACAAUCCGCCUGAUGAAUCAACGGUGCGGUUCUCUUUUUCCCUCGAGUGUGACUUUCACGAGAUAAAAUAUCGCGACGAAACGAUCGCUGUAAGAGGCCUGAAGCCUCUGCGAACGCUGUACCUCGCGGCUUCGUCGCCAAUCACCGUUUCCGGCGCGUAACUUUGUUCAUCGUGCUCGAUGGUACGCAGUAUAGAAGCUAAUUUUCUAAGAAUCUUGUCGAUAUUUUCUUCUCUUCUCGAUAUCGAUCGUCGUUUCUACUUGUUCUUUGCCAUUCGGCUUUACCGUUUCGAAACGUAUACUCGUACAAAUAUUGCCGUUAAAUCAUUUGUUCCGCCACCUUCGAGCAGAUAACUCGUUUUCGACUUUUGUCCAAAUCCGAUGUCAGGCUAUUAAUUUUCCACGUCGAUUCGUUCUUUUCGCUCUUCUCUUUAAAUUAUUCGACUAAUAACGCGAGUCCAACGAUUCCUCGUUAUCGUACGGAAACAACGUCUUCGUCGUAUAUGUCGAUGAACUGUUAACUGGAGAAUCGCACAAAAGUGUAUAUCGGCCGGAAUUUCUAAUAUUUCAAAAACCACCACGAGCUUCCCAGACGAGAAUCGAAUACGGACAGGCGAUGAACGAGAUUACGCGCGGAGAAAAAAAAGUACGUUUUCCCUAAUGGGACCGCGUUGUUCACGUGCACGAGGACAGUAAAGGUUUAUUGCUACGACCGGAUCAAACCUAUACGCAAACGAACCAGCCGCACGGUGCAAUUUAUCGGCGAACCUUUAUUGACGUCGCGCAUGAAAACGCGGCCCGCGUGUUUAGAGACACCCGCACGGCGACAGGGCAUCGGCCGCGAAAUCGCAUCGACGUUAAACCAACCCGGUCCUAGUAACUCAUAUCCUCUGAACACCAUGCUGGCUCUGCGUUUACCACUUGGCUAUAGAUUCGACCAAAGAGUAUUCCGCGAAUUUCCCGAAAUUCGGUUCAACUCUCGCCUUGACACGUUCGCUGCUCUCUGAAUCCAUUUUUCCUUUCGCACAGUGACGCUUUCACGCUAAUAAAAAUUGUCGUACGUAUCUUUAUUUAUUGUACGCGUUUAAUUAACAUGAAAUACUUUUUCAUAAUUUCGGGAUUUUCAGUUCACGUGCCACUUCGAAUCGUUACGAUACAUAACAACGAAGGUAUAGACCGACUCGAACGUGCUUCGUACGCGGCGAACGUGUUAAAAUGAAAAGUGAAACAACGAUAAAUAUGUUAGGAAACGAAACUUUUCGUUUAAAUUUCCAUAUUUUCAAGCGCUUAAGUAUUUAGAUUACGUUAUGUUUGCAAAAAGGAAUGUUCUGGGUUGAAGAAUUUCUCCGAAUAUUCUUCCCUUUAAUUCUGAAAUCGUUCGAAUCGUUGAAUUUUGAAACGUAACUUUCUGAAUUUGAGAAUUGGUGGCGAUUACAGGCCGAUGGCCGCGUACGGGUGUGCGUGUAAAUAGACUACGAACGACUCGAUUGUAAAUAAAGGUAAAAUACACGUACGAGUUUUAACUAAUUCUAGAUCAUGAUCUAAGUUAAACGAGUAACUAUGUAGAGGAUUAGACGUUAUUAAUUACGAUAUAAAAUCAUAUCCAUGAGCGCGCUGGUAUUAAGAAACGGAAGGUCGACGUUUAAGAGCAAGUGUUAUCCUCGCGCUUUGACGAUACUUCUCUUAUAUUUCAACUUUAAUCUCCGCGAUAUGAAAUUGACGAUUACGUUCAUGAAAAAUAUUCAAAUGUUACGAGUGAUUGACAGAGAAAGCUAUAUUCGUUUGAUUGUAUUCACGGGGAUGUGUGCUUGUAUUUCUUUGAUUCCGUCUGCAAUAUAUCAUUGUAAGUAUCGUCAGGGAAUAAUUAAUUAGAAACGAAAGGAAAGAACGCUUGUUAUUCCCUCGAUUAACACCAGUCUCCGUUGAGACACAAUGAACGAGAACAAACGAAUCGACGAUGUAACGAGUAUAAGCGACUUCCGGUAGGCGCGCAUCGAAUCGACAAAAAUUUGCACGGUUCUAUGUACAUAAGUAAGCGUAAGUGUUGCCGAAGCGAUAAUGGCAAGAACCGAGAAACUGCACAAGACGAUUAAGUUUAAUAAUGAUUUCUCGAUAAACUGUUGUACGUAAAAAGAAAAGAGAGAGAGUGAUAUAAAUGAACGAACGAUGGUAAAAAAGGAAGAAAGAAAAAGCGGAAAGUGAGAAAGCGUAACGUAAAUAGGAAGUUUGUAAAACUCCGCGAACUGACUUGUACAGCGUUUAUCUCAGGCCUGUCCACGUAUAGGAUUCCCAAAUCGUUUAUUCUUCGUCAUAGUCUCGUGAUCUUCUCGAAAAAUAGUAUAGCGUAAAAGUAAUCAUAUCGUGUAGCGUCGAUACUUUAGAGGAUAAAUUUACAGUACAAAAUAAGAGAAAAAAGAAUUGGAAGCUAUAGCUCUAGCAAGAUUCAAGAUCCUAGUUCCGCAUCUACGUUUCUGCUUAGUAUCUGAAACUUAGUUCCUUAAUUAGAAAUGGUAUCGUUUUCUCAUUUUGUGCUCUAACUUUGUUCGUCGAAGAAUCGACAUAUAAUUAACCGAUCGAGUUAUCGAGCACUUUCACAUGCUACGAUAAUUGUAUGGAUACAGAGCGCGGAAAAUGAUUUGGACACUAUAGUGUAUCCUGUGAACAGGCCUGGUUUAUCUAGUAGCACAGAAGUUGUAUGAGUUCCCGAACUCUUCCCGAAGACUGCCGAAAACGCUUAUUGUUUGAAACGCUUCGGCGCCCCGCAAUAAUCAUCGCUUCGAGCGAUGAAAAUUAACGAGUAAGCAUUAAGUAUCGCUUUCUCUGUCAUUUUCAUGCAGAGUCAUACACGAUCAUUUAUAGCAGUUGGUAAAUCGUUCGCGUAACUCUCUUUUUUAAGAUAUUCGAUAUCCUCCUUUCCUCGUCUUACUUUUUCCUACGUUAUAGGUAACAGAUUUUGUAAUGUACGAUAAUUCUACGUUGAGCGAAUCUGAUAUGAAACAGGAUGUUACCGACUGUCGGUAUAUCGAUAUUUGAGUUUAAAAUUACCUUGGAAUGAUUCGUUCGCAUCGCGAUAAAUAUGUAUGUAUUUGUAUACUUACAUUCAACGUUCUUUUUUUCUAUGCACGAUGAUACUUUUCUUUCUAUUCGCCCGACAGUUUGCACCCAAAUUGUUCGAAAGCUUAACAUAGAAGUUAAACGAUUCGCUAAUUCUUUUUAACACAUCGCCCACGGCACGAAUAUACAAAAUUAUGCAACAAGGAAUAUACACUCAAUACCUCGAGACAGCGAAACUCUCGAUUUCUGACACUAUUACUACAAGAAAAUAAUCAUAAACACAAACGGAAGAAUGCAUUACGAUGUAAGAAUAAAUUAUCCAAUUUACGGUGAACGUGAAAUCAAGAACAGGCCCGACAAUAACGUAUGUACACAUGCGCUCGUGCACCGUACAUGUUUACGAAGAUGUACUACCUAAAAAUGUUUAUAGAUGCGUCUAUCAGGCCGAUCACAUGUAUUGAACGUGAAGUAAAACGAAAGAGUACUUACAUUACCCACUUAACGAGAUACUUUCGACAUACAAAUGAAUUCAAUGCAUUAAUGAACUUUACUCCAAAUUGUGAAACAUUACUGUGACGUUUAAAGUGAGAAACUUUGACAGCUAUUACUAUUCAUAACGUAAACGUGAUAAUUGAUUGAUUAACACUAAUAAGAUCGCAUCGUUUGGUCUGAAAGACACUUCUAUGGAAUGGUUAAUGAGAAUGAAAGAGGAUCGAUCACCGUCAGACGUAAAAAAUUUCAACAGAACCUCCGGAAACAUGCUCACACGACAUGCAUAUAGUUACUAAUUAUACCAUUAUUGAUUACCGAUUCGAAUAUCGAAUAUGCGACAUUUUUAAUAAAUUAUUUUGAAGAUUG